CACACGCACAUAUAUACAUAUAUAUAUAUAAGUAUAUACAUGUAUAUGUAAUUAUAAACACACACACAUAAAUAUAUAUAUUCUUCACCGGAAUAGCAGUAGCAGUUAGUGUAUUGAACUUACAACUACCAUUAAACAUUCGUCAGCAACGACGACGGCGGCGCAUUGAAAAAUCUCCCCCUUGUUGUCGUUUUCACUUGGUGUUCGGUGACCUGACACAACAUAUAUAUAUAUAUAUCACUUGAUUUCUUCUCAGUUGAAAUUUUAUAAGUAUUUUCCGAAAGAAUGUCGUCGAAGAUGGACUUUAAGCCGGGCGACAAGAUAUUUGCCAAAAUGAAAGGGUAUCCUCACUGGCCAGCUCGGAUUGAUGACUUACCUGAUGGAGCAGUGAAACCACCAAAAGGAAAGUUUCCCAUUUUCUUUUAUGGAACUCAUGAAACGGCCUUUUUAGCACCAAAAGACAUAUUUCCUUACAACAAGUAUAAAAACAAAUAUGGAAACCCACAAAAAAGGAGGGGUUUUAAUGAAGGUUUAUGGGAAAUAGUUCAUGACCCAAAUGUAAAAUUUCAUCGAUCAAGUUCACAAGCAAGCUCAGCUGAUGAUGAUUCACAAGCAAACACUCCAUCAGCUGUUGAUGCUGACGAUGGUGAGGAAGAAGACGAAGAAGUGGAGAAAACAAACAAGUCUGUGAGAGGUAAAACACCAGCUAAGAAAAGACAAAGUUCCAGUACACCAACGGGUAAACCUACAAAACGUGCACGGAAAGGGCCUCCUGCAAGGUCAAAGUCCAAAGAGUCAACUGUUGAUGAAGAAGAAGUGGCUGCUGAUAACGAGGUUGAGGAUAAUGAAGAUAAUGCUGAUGACAAAGACAAUGAAGAAGAAGAUUUUGAUGAGCCUUCUGCUCCAGAUUCUGAUAAUUCAGAUGAUGAGGAUUUUCAGAUUGAGGACAAUGUAAAAAAAAAUAAAGGGGGCCGAGGGCGGGCUUCAUCAAAAGCACCUUCAAAAGGAAAAGGUUCUAAGAAAGUGGAAGGCUCAGAGAGUGAAUCUGAAAAAUCUAACAAAGAAUCAUCAGAAGAGGAAGAAAUGGAUAAUGAAGAAGAUUCUGAAUAUGAUGAGAAACCAAAAGGAAGAGGCAGGAGUAAAAAGAAGGCAGCUGCUCCUAAAGUAAAAGCUGCUCCUAAGAGAACUGUAAAUCGUAAAGCUUCCAGUGGGCGAGGAGGUGGAGGUGCUCGCCGACAGUCAAAAGCUCCUGUAGAGGUGACAGCUGACAGCCUUUCUUCCUCAAGUGAUAGUGAGGAUUCUGAAGAUAUGAUGAGCAGCUGGAAAAAGCGUGAUGAAGAGAGAAAGAAAGAAAUUGAAAGAUUGAGAAAAUUGGAAGAAGAAAGGAAAAAACAAGAAGAGGAGGAAGCUAUUCAGAAGGCUACUGAAGAAUUACUAAAAGAGCGAGAGUUAAAAGAGGAAGAAGAAAGCGAAGAGGAAAAAGUACCACAUAAAAAAGAAAAGCCUGUAAUUAAGAAGGAAAAGCCCAAAAAGGAAUUAAAACGGAAAGUUAAAGAGGAAACUCCAGUAAAUAAAAACAGAAAAAAAGCUAAGAAAGUAGAUUCCGAUUCCGAAGAAGACAAAACUCCGGCCGAACCAGAAGACACCAAAAGUGUCUCUAAGGAUAAAGAUAAAGAUGACAGCCCUGGGGCGAAAGACACGGAUGAAGAAGAGCAGAAAAAGACUCCAACGGCAGCUGUUAAGGAUGAAGCAGACAGCGAGGAAGAGAUUGUCCGUCGUAAGAAGAAGGGACCUUCUAAGCAACUGAAAAAAGACCUUGAUCUCGAUGAUGACGAGGAUGCGAAUCUAGCAGAUGAUGUGCCUGGGGAUGAUAAAAGUGAGAAGUCAGUGUCAACACAUGCUGAGAAGGAAAAAAAUCUGAAAGAAGUAGAGAAGAAUAAGAAGAAUAAACCACAGGAAGUAAACAAGAAUAAAAUGAAAGAAAUCAACAGGAAAGAAAAAUUAAAAGAAAAAGUUAAAGAAAUUAAGAAAGAGGAAAAAGCAAAAGAAAAACGGCCUGUUCGUGAUGAUAAGGCUGGGUCAACUGGGGGUGCCAGCAGUAUUAAUAAAUCUACUACAUCAGCUUCUGAAAAUAAAGACAAUGUUGAAGAGGAGGAAGAAGAUGCAAGGAGAAAGAGAUUAGAAAGAGAAAGAAGGCAUGAAAAAGAAGAAGAAAAAGAAAGAAAAAAGAAGGAAAAGUUUGAAAAGAAGAAAAAAGAAAAAAUUCAAUUUUUACAAACUGAAUCUACUUUAAUACAAAUGGAUAAUGAAAUUAAAAAAUCUCUUCAAAUUGAUAAAACAGAUGUUGAUAAAUGUAUUGCUAUUAUGGAAGACUUAGAAGCUUUGCCUGUCACACAAAUCAUGUUGAAAAAGAAUCCCGAUAUAAUGAAUACCAUAAAAAAGAUUAGAAAAUAUAAAGGUAGUGAGAAGAUAAAGAAAAAAGCUGAAGUUAUUUACCACAAAUUCAAAAAUCUUUUUAUGGUUGCUGAAGGAGAAUCUUUCUCACAGGUAUUUAAUCGAGAAACUGCUGAAUUUAAAAAACAGUUAGAAAAAGAGGAACGGGAUCGAAAAGACAAAGAAAACAAAGAAAAUGAAAUAAAACCAGCUGAAGGAAAACCGGAACAAGAAAAUAAAGAGAAUGUUAAUUCUUUAGACAAAGUGGACAGUACUUUAGACAAUUCAACAGCCGCCGGAGCAACUAUUGAAGAUCCAUCCCGAGAUAACUCCAAGUCAGCUACUUCCAACACGGAGGAUGCAAAGGUGGCAUCUGUAGAAGGAACUGAAAUAAAAUCAGAUGCCCAAAUAUGGUCUCCGCUAAAUACUGUUACUCCUCUAACUGGAGAUGUAUCAAGUGGAAUGACACAGGACAAAAGCAUCACUGACACAAUGUCCCACAGCAUUGCACAUCGGUCAGCCACUGUCGCUGCUGUGGACCGAUUGAUGCCACAUUCAGAAGAUAAGAAAUCCACUGAACAACGGAAUAGUAUUCCAACAACUGAUGCAGCCAGUGAGGCUGUGUGUUCAAAGGUUACGAGUGGAGUCAAAGACAGUACAGGUGAGACAUCAGUAACGGAAGGACUAGUUAACAAGUCUAAUGACAAAAUGUCUGUAAGUACUGUAUCACCUGUGGUAAAUCCAAUUUCAAGGACAGAUGAUAAGCAUGAAAGCAUUCCUGGUGUUGCAUCAUUGUCAACAGUGCAUCUGCCAUCAUCAGCUCCACAUUUAGUACAGUCUAAUCAGCAAACAGGUCAAACUACCCUUCCUCAGGAUCCUUCUAAAGUGCUACAUUCUGUGCAGUCCUCACCUUCAUUUCCUUCGUCUCUUCAUGUGUCUCAUACCAGGCAGUCAGACUUUUUACCUCAAACCUGUGUGUCUCAAGCACAGCAAAACUUGCCUUUAAUGGAGCAGCAGCAGCAACAACAACAACAACCAUUACAACAACUGCCACAAUCUCACCCGCAGAUUCCUUCUAUGUCACCACGACGGCAGCCACACAAAGUUCAGAUGGAUGCAUCUAUGCCGUUACAAAGUGUACCUGGUGUCCCGUCUCAGCUUACACACUCUCAGCACUCGCACGUGCCCUCUUUCCAGUCGCUGGUGCAAAACCAGUUACCACCUCUACACUCAACUGCUGGUCCAACGCCUGUAGUUGCUACUCCAUCACAGCUAACUAUGGGUCUUACUCAGAGCUCUGCACCACCAUCAAGUGUUGGUGGGUUAUCACAUUUGCAGCACCAACAACCCCACAACAGUCCAGCUGCACUCUCUCAGCCCCAUCGCCAUUCAUCACCUUCUGCUACCCCUACAACAACUCCAGUCCCAGUACAAUCUAACACUGUCACCCAGCCCUCUUCUCUACUGGAUUUGUUACCGCCUAUACAGUCUCAUUUUCCUGCAGAAAGCAGCCAAGUGUCCCAUCCUGCUCAACCAAGCAACACAUCUCGUAAAGAAGAUCAACAACCACAGAAAUUCGUUCCACUUGCAGAUUUUAGAGAUGAAGAAGAGGAAAUGCUAGAGGAACACAGAGAUCUGGAAGCUCGCAUAGCACAAAUAAUUAAAGGGACUGAAUCUUAUGGCUAUGAGGAACCCCAGCAUCCUACUAACCAACUCGAGCAGAAUACAAAGAAUAAACACACAGAUUCCACACCAUUCACAGCUCCAGCCAAUGAAGAGGAAGAGGAAGAUGAUGAGCCAGUCAUGGACGAUGAAGAGUUACAUAGUCUCCUUGGUGUUUAAUGAUAGUGCAACAUCGAGAUAAUAGCUGGCAUCAUCAUUAUCAAAUCAGUAUCAUCAUCAUCAUUUUCAUCAUACCACCACCACCACCUCCACCACCACCUUCAUCAUCAUUAUUAUUAGCAGCAACAUUAGUAGCAAGAGUGAUAAAAUAUUAAAAAAAUAAUAAACUCUUAGAUCAAAACUCACUGGGAAGAGUUGAUUGCUUUCAGAAGCAAUACAUUUAGAAAAAAGAAGAAAAAAAACAAACAAAAAGCAAAGAUGUAAAAAUGCAAGAGUGCACAGUUUUUUUUUUUUGUUUUGUUUUUUUUUUUGUUUCUCUUCACAAGAGAUACCAUUUCUUAAUUAUCUGCACUUACCAGCAAAUGUAUAAAGUUGUUGUCUUAGAAACAGCAGGUAUGAUGGUUGUUGGCAGUAGUAAACAAAAAGGAAAAAAAAAGAAAAAAAUUCUUCUCUGCCUUUCAACAUAACUUUUCCUUCUCUCCCUUCUCCGAAAUAACUAUUUGUAUUCCUGCUUUGUUUACAUUCUCUAAGACUGUAAGUAACUUCACCUAAACCUAAAUUAGAAAUCUGAUAUGCCCUCAAUUUAAAAAAAAAAAAUUUUAUUAUCAUUACAAUAAUUAUUCUUAUUAUUACUUUUUAUCAAUUAUUAUGUUUUGAAAGAUAAUGUAAAAAUAAUUAUUUUGUUAGAUAUUGGGAUCUAGAAAGACAAAUAAUUAAAUAGGAUUUUAUAAAUUU